AUGGUCGGCCCCUCCACGCCGGUCCUGGCAAUGCUGGGUGUGGAUGUGGUUUUGCCUUGCCACCUGGAGCCUGCUGCUGAUGAGACUAAAAGCACAGUGGAGUGGUCCAGGUCAGACCUCAGCCCUCGAUUUGUCCAUCUGAGACGUGACGGCGUGGAUUUGCUGAACAACCAGUAUUCGUCGUACGUUGGAAGAACACAUCUGUCCUCGAGAAGACUGAAGCAUGGAGACCUGUCACUGCGACUCUCCAACGUGAAGCUGUCCGAUGAGGGAAAAUACAGCUGCAUUGCUCCAGAAAAGACUUCCACCGAGGUUCAUCUGCUUGUUGGCGCUGCCCCCCCGAACGUGGCCGUCUCAGCAGAGGCUGAUGGAUCCAGUGGAGGAGUGGUGCUGUGCUGUGAGUCUGCCGGCUGGUAUCCGGAGCCCGAGCUGCUGUGGCUGGACAGUGAGGGGAAGCUGCUCUCUGCUGGACCUCCACGGACCCUCAGAGGUCCUGAUGGCCUCUACUCUGUCAGCAGCAGAGUGACUGUGGAGACCAGACCCAGCAACACCUUCUCCUGUCGAGUCCAACAGAGCAACAUCAGCCAGAGCAGAACUGCACAGUUCAGCUUUGAAGGUGACAACAAACCACAGAAGAAUGAAGAAGAGCAGCUUGUUGAUCAAAGCUCAAGAACGAAGGAUUUGGAGGAAGAAAAUUUGAGACUGAAUGAAGAGUUAAAGAAGAAACAAGAAGAAGAGAAUAAGUUGGUUGGUGUGAUGGAGAUGUUGGAGAAGGUGGAGAUGGAGAAGUGGGAGGAGGAACUGAAGAAGAUCAAAGGACAGAAGAUGGACCGGCUGACAGAGGUGGAGAAGAUGAUUGAAGAGAAUAAGAAGAAAGCUGAGAAACUGAGGCUCAGCGAGCUGCAGCCAGGUUAA